AUGCCGGCAACCCAUGUGGAGGCGGCUCUGACGAAUGGCCACGACUCGCAUGUGCAUUCAUCACCCGCUGCGAAUAAAAAAGCCAAGGGCAAGAGAGGAAUGGAUUCUACCGAAGCGUCGCGCCUGCUCCAGGCUCGCAUAUCGCAGUUGGAGCAAGAUGCCGCUGGGGAGAAAGACCAAGAGAUGGAAAUAGAGAGAGAGGUCAAGCGCGCCAAUCGAGAUCUUCUGCAGCAAGUAUCCAAGAUGGACGACAUGCAGAAGAUUGAGCAUCUCAUGAAGCGCUCCAGCGAACUGCUAGCCGACAUGCGACGGUUAGAGAGGGAAAACCAGAAGAACAAGAAACGCGGAGACGCCCUGCAGAAAGAGCGAGAUGCCAGCCGUACGGAACUCAGCAAGACGGUGGGAUUGAAGGAGAAAUUAGAAAAACUAUGUCGAGAACUGCAGAGGGACAAUAACAAGAUGAAGAAUGAGAACAAAGAGCUCCAGAGCACGCAGAAGCGGAAUAACACGGCCUGGGACGAGAAAUUCGCAGGCUUGUUGUCAAAGUUAGAGGGGUACCAGGAGGAAAAAGAUACCCCGAAGAAACAAGUGGUGGACAUGGAAAUGGACGAACUGUUCCGAGUCCGGUUCAAAUCAUUCAUCGAGCAGUAUGAGCUACGCGAGCUUCAUUUCCAUUCUCUUAUGAGGACCAAGGAACUCGAGGUUCAGUAUCAUCUGUCCCGUCAUGACAGGGAGAAGAAGAACGCCGAGUCUGAGUCGACCAAAGCGCGCCACUUGCAAGCCCAGGUCCACGCAUUCACAAAGACAGAGACGGAGCUGAGGAAUCAGCUCAAUGUAUAUGUGGACAAGUUCAAGCAGGUAGAGGACACGCUUAAUAACAGCAACGACCUGUUUCUUUCAUUUAGAAAAGAAAUGGAGGACAUGUCGAAAAAGGGCAAGCGGUUGGAGAAGGAGAAUGAGGCGCUUAAGCGACAAAAGGAGGCGACUACGGCCAACAUUAUCCACAUGGCGGAAGAGCGGCAAGAUUGGAAGAGGAAAAUCGAGGCCGCGGAUAAGAAGAACGAGAAGCUCAUGAGCAUCAUCCAGCAGAUGCAGCAACAGGGGCGAAAAGUUCCACCCGCCGCAGCCAGUGCGGUCGAGGCGUGUUUCCCGGAGACUCGCGGGGGCGCAGAGGGCGAGGGCGAAGACAGCGAAUACUCUGACGAGGAGGGCGAAGAGGAAGGACUUAGUGAGUUCGACGAUGACACUGAAGAGGAGCCUCAGCCAAACGAACAGGGUCCCCCGGUGCCGUAUGGCCCGGAACGCCCACCUCAGCCAACCACGAAUGGACAUUAG